AUGCAGUUGGAGGACUUUAUGCGGUACCAGGACCUCGUGUGUCAAGCUGCCCAACUUCCCAGAUACUGGUGGAAUGGCAGACGAUCCUUGGAAGUCAAACCGAACUUGGCCAAACGCAUUAUCUUCUGGAUUGGGGCCAUAAAUUUGCUGUAUCACAAUUUUGGAUGCGUGAUGUUCGGAUAUUUCGUUGACUGCAGAAAAGAAGAUUCGAUUGAGUACUUAGCAGAACUGGCAUCUGUGGGCAGCAUGCUUGGAUUUACCAUUGUGGGCAGCCUCAACUUGUGGAAGAUGCUCAGCCUUAAGUCCCAUUUUGAGAACCUACUGAAUGAAUUCGAGGAAUUAUUUCAAUUAACCAAACACGGGUCGUAUCGCACACAGCACUAUCACGAGGAGUAUACGCGUCAUAUAAGAAAUGCGGUAGUUUUCCAUAGCACUGCUGUUGUCUACUACAACUCACUACCCGUUGUACUCUUGAUUCGAGAACAUUUGUCGAACCCACAGCAGAUGAACUAUAGGAUUCAGAGUAGCACCUGGUAUCCCUGGCCGAUUCAGGGAUCAAUUCCUGGAUUUAUUGUUGCGGUCGUCUGUCAAAUGUCUUCGUGCAUUAUCAAUAUGUGCGUCAACAUGUUUAUCCCGUUUCUGGUCAACUUUUUUGGUAUCCAGCUAGAAAUUCACUUCGAUGGUUUGGCCCGGCAGCUGGAGACCCUCGAUGCCCGUCAUCCCAAUGCCAAGGAUCAGUUAAAGUAUCUGAUAGUUUAUCAUACAAAAUUGCUGAAUCUGGCGGAGAGAGUGAAUCGAUCCUUUAACUUCACGUUUUUCAUAAGUCUCUCGGUAUCGAUGAUAUCCACAUGUUUCCUGGCUAUUUCCAUGACCAUGUUCGACAUUGGCACGUCCCUAAAACAUUUGCUCGGAAUUUUACUAUUCAUCAUAUACAAUUUUUUAAUGUGCCGCAGUGGUACGCACUUGAUUUUAAAGAGUGGCAAAGUAUUGCCGGCAGCCUUUUAUAACAAUUGGUAUGAGGGCGAUCUUGCUUAUCGAAGGAUGCUUCUCAUCCUGAUGAUGCGUGCUACAAAACCUUAUAUGUGGAGAACCUACAAGCUGGCACCAGUAUCCAUUACUACCUAUAUGGCAACUUUGAAGUUUUCAUAUCAAAUGUUUACCUGUGUGCGCUCCUUGAAAUAA